AUGAUAUUAAAACUACUACCAGAUGAGAACUCAACCAUACACCAGCAACUAGCAAAUUGGAAGAAAUCAAACAGACUAACCUAUAGCCAAGUAGCUGCACAAAAAACAACCCAAAGGGAUAAGAAUCAAAACAACUAUUGG